AGGUGAGGCUCAUAAGAAAGCAAGCAGAGAAUGAAGUUGCAACUAAGUAUUGCAAGGAAAGAAGAAGAAGAAAAGCAAGCUUGGAUUGAAUUAAUGGUUGAAGGUUGCAAGUCAGAAAUAGAACGUGAAUUCAAAUUUAGUUAUUUACAGUUGUUGGUUCACGGAUUAUAAGUAGCUAGCAUUGUUAUAUAGCUUGAUCCAUCCAUGGUUUUGAGUACUAGAUUUGGAAGCAUGUCUCAUUCCAUCAUCAUUCUCCUUGUUGCAUGCUUGGCCCUCGCAGCAGCUCAGCCGCGGGCCACCCGCAUCGUCGUACUAGGUUCUGUAUAUUGUGAUGUAUGUCAUGAGAAUACUUUCUCCAAGCAUAGCUACUUCUUGCCAGGUGUAGAUGUUAAUAUAGAGUGCAAAAUGAAAAGCAGGUGGGCAAGGAGCAGAGAAGACAUAUCAUUCUCAGUGAACAGAAGCACAGAUAGAUAUGGAAUGUACAAGGUGGAGAUUCCCUGUGUGGACGGCGUCGACUGCAGCCGGCAUCCCACCAUCCAGUCCUCGUGCAAGGCAACUUUGAUAGGCUCUGCACCACCCUGCUGCUGCAACCUCACCGCACCUAAAACCGUUUCAUCUCACAUUACAGUGAGAUCAAAGCAAGACAAUGCCUGCACCUACACCUUAGCUGCCUUGGCAUACUCUCCACCUCAAACAAAUCUUACUCUUUGUGGGAGUGGGAAUCAGAGCCAUCCCUCUUGGAAUACUUCCAAGUUUUUCCUUCCUCCCUACUACGUGUUUCCGCCCUUGCCUCCAUUGCCUCAGCUGCCGCCUUUCCCGUUCCCGCCCCUGCCUCCAUUGCCUCAGCUGCCGCCUUUCCCUUCCUUCCCGUUCCCGCCCCUGCCUCCUUUCCCUUCCUUCCCAUUCCCAUAUGUUCCUCCAACUCCGCCGUCUUUGCCUUUUCCAUUCCCAUAUGUUCCUCCCCCUCCACCAUCACCUAUAUUCAAUUUCUGGGAUCCGAAUACAUGGUUUCCUCAUCCUCCCCCUACCAAUCCAUAGCUCCAUCAUUACAUAAAUUUAUACAUUAUUUGCUGAUUCAGUGUAAAUUAGGAACAUGCCUUUGUUUUGGAAACAUUCCCAUUCAAAUAUUGGGAUUUACCAAGAACAA